GCGCCGAGCCGACGACAGUACAACAGGAGAGACAAAACCUGGCAGACAUUCUAGUCAACACAAUAUGUGCCGUUAUCUGGAACAACACCAUGGGGGAACUUCAUUCCCGAUCUACACAGCAGCUACAAAACGAUCUCACCCAUAACGUGAAGACGCUGGCAGCAGCCGUUAAGGUCGUGGACUCUCAGCUGAAACAAAUGGACGCCCACAUUGCUACUCUGGAGACAAGGCCUUCCCAAGCAGCGCUUGGCUGCACGACUGACACGACGAAGCAGCUCAACGGGAGCAUCGACCAUGUCGUCAAUCUCAUCGGCGACCUAGGUGUUUUCACUGGUACGGACACGAUCAGCAGCACGGUGGCCGCCAUCAAGACGGACAUCACUAAUCUGCAGUCGAGACCAGAUGCCGCUACAAAGAACUACAAGAUGUCGCACUUCAACAUCAGCAAGUUCAACGACUACAACAAGACACACGCCUUGACAUGGUGGCAAGGUUUCCUCACGGAAGCAUCUUGCCGCACUGUCCCGGCUGAGGACAUGUUGAAGGCGCUCUACCUACAACUGAUUGGAGGAGCACAGGCAUGGAUGAACCAUCUGGCGGCAACCAAGCAAUGCACCAUCGCCGAACUCCACACGCACAUUACGUGGAAGGAGUUCGAGCAACUAUGGUUCACUCGGUUCAUGGUCCACAACGUCGUGAAGGCGGCCAUGAACGAGGUCAACGAGUACGACUAUGCCUCGUUCCAGGCUAUUCUGGAUCGCGCGAACCUGUUCAUCCAAAAGGACGACAAGACCGCUAACGAGAAGCAGUCCCACCCGCACUAUGUGGCUAAGCAGGGCUAUCAACGACCGACACAUAACAAUGCCGUGAUUUCUGAAGAAACAGUCGAUCUCCACGCUGCAGCAGCAUCCUCGGGUGAUGGAGGAGUUCUUGCAGCGCUCCUGCUGAAGCGUCCCAACAGAGUUCGGAAGAACAAGGCGACAUACGUGACGACAUCGGCAGGAACUGGGCAGCAACCAUGGACGGCAUACAAGAUAACCAAGGAAGUAUAUGACCUUCGUCAACGAAUUUGCGACGCCAUAGCUCGGAAUGACAUUGAGGAGAUGAGCCUUGUAUUCUUGCAUGCUCUCCCCUCGCCGGACGGACCAGCCGCGUCACCGCCGGACCCACGCAUUUCUCACCUCUUGGACGAGUAUAGAGACGUCUUUGAGGCUUUCAUCGGAAUGGUUCCGGAUCGGCCCAUACGUCACGGGAUCACUCUCGAGGCUGGAGCCGUCCCUCUGCGUGGAUGUAUCUACUGCAUGAGCGAAGAGGAACUCAAGGUGCUUCGCGCACAACUCAACGACCUUCUCGACAAGGGCUGGAUUCGCCCUAGUUGUUCGCCUUACGGUGCCCCUGUUCUCUUCGUCCCGAAGCAGAACAAAGAUCUACGGUUAUGCAUCGAUUAUCGCAAACUUAACGCACAAAUCGUAAAGAAUGUCGGCCCUCUCCCUCGGAUUGAUGAUCUCCUUGAGUGGUUAGGCAGCGCCACAUACUUCUUGAAGUUGGACUUGAAGUCAGGUUACCACCAAAUCGAAAUCCACCUUCAAGAUCGGUACAAAACCGCGUUCAGGACGAGGUACGGGCACUUUGAGUGGGUUGUUAUGCCAUUUGGCCUCACCAAUGCCCCCGCAACUUUCCAAGCAGCGAUGACGACUGAGUUUCGCAACUUGCUCGAUCGCAGCAUCCUCAUCUACCUUGAUAACAUAUUGGUUUAUAGUAGGACGUUGGACGAGCAUAUCGUACACCUUCGCGUUGUUUUGGAUCGUUUGCGACUGGUCAAGUACAAAGCGAGCCUCGACAAGUGCAAUUUCGCCAAGCAUGAGCUUGAGUACUUGGGCCACUAUGUUACGCCGAAAGACAUUCAUCCCUUAGCGGACAAGAUCCUAGCCAUCGUGGAUUGGUCGUAACCCCGUUGCACGACGGAUGUACGCUCUUUCAUGGGUUUGGCUGGAUAUUAUCAGCGAUUCGUUGAGUCAUACUCGAAA